GCCGGCGCGCUCCGCCCACAAGAGCGUGCUUGGCGCGAUGACGUAGACGCGCCGGAGCACGGUGUGGGCGACGCCGAGGCUCCGCUGGGUCUGUGGGCGGAGACGCAGAUCCCCAAAGUAUACUCAAGUUGAUGCUUCUGAAUUUCGUGUUUCUUUCUAUUGGGAUUAUUGAGGUCAUCUGCACCUUCUGACUGGAAAAAAGAUGGUCAACGUCUUGAAAGGAGUGCUUAUAGAAUGCGAUCCUGCCAUGAAGCAGUUUCUACUGUACUUGGAUGAGUCCAAUGCCCUGGGGAAGAAGUUCAUCAUUCAAGAUAUCGAUGACACUCAUGUCUUCGUAAUAGCAGAGUUGGUUAAUGUCCUCCAGGAGCGAGUAGGUGAAUUAAUGGACCAAAAUGCUUUUUCUCUUACCCAGAAAUAAAAUAUUAGAUAUUGAUUGUUUAGGAAUUGUAAGCAACAAAUAGGAAAGACUGUCCCCAUUCGGUGGCUUAUGUGGCUGAGGAGCAUGCUGUGGGAAAGACUAUAAUCAUUUGUUAAGACAAAAACCCAGAACUGAUUUUUGUUGUACUUCAGAAUUAAAAGUAAAAAAACUAACAAUUGACAAUUGGCUGUAAUUUGGCUUUUAUUAUCCUUUAACAAAAUAAAAACAAAUGUUUUUCCUAUCUUUUUAAUACCAAUUUAAUACAUUAAGAAUAAUGGUUGCUGGGGCAGGGAUUGUGGCCCAGCAGUAGAGCACUCGCCUAGCACGUGUGAGGCGGUGGGUUCGAUCCUCAACACCACAUAAAAAUAAAUAAAUAAAAUAAAGGUAUAAAGAAAAAAAAUAAUGGUUGCUGAGUGUAGUAGUAUGUGCCUGAAAUCCUAGCUACUCUGGAGGCUGAGGCAAAAGGAUUGCAAGUUCAGAGUUAGCCUGGGCAACUUAAUAAGACUGUUUCAAAAUUAAAAUAAAAACAGCUGGGAAUGUAUUUCAGUGUUAGAGCAUCUCUGGGUUUAAUCCCCAGUACUGUAAAUCUGUAGAAAGAGUAUGUACAUGCCUUUAAACGAUCAUUGUAAUCUCAGUAUCUGUUUUGCUUUUCUUAUUAAUGAUUGUGGACUUGUGGCUAUGGUUGUUUUGUUUUAAUUAGAAAUUUCACAGAUCUGCUCUUAUUUUUAAGAAGUUAUGUUCGGGUAAAUGUUAAAUAUCUUUCUUUUGAGACUGUUAAGAAACAUAAGACAGUGUAACAGUAGGAAGUCCCCUUGCAGUUAGUUGCUUCGUUUGCUUGUCUGGCUGCGAGUGAACAGGAAAUGUGCCAGUGACUCUUUGCACCCACCCUGUAUCUUGGGGUCUGAUUUCUAUUUAAUUUGGCAUACUGUAGAUGCCCAGAACAAGACUUGUUGUGGGCUUGGCACUGGAGAAUUUACUGUUAUAAUGUUUUAUUUUUAACAAAGCCUUUUCUAUUGGAAAAAGAUAGCAUUAACCUGAAUUUUCUUAACUGCAUGAAAAAAAACAUUUUAACUUGAGGGUAGCUGGUCAGUCACGCGGAUCUGUGCACUAAAAUUGAUUUAGAGUUGUACUUAUUUUUUUGUAGUUAGGUGCAAUACUUUUACUUUAUUUAUUUAUUUUUUUGUGUACUAAAGAUGGAGCCCAGUGCCUCCCUCGUACUAUCUACCACUGAGCCACAACCCCAGCCCAGAGUUGUACUUCGUGAUAAGUGUCUUUUAUUUUAACUGUAUUGGAUCAGAAACUCUUAAUUCCUUCAAACCCCCAUUUUCUUGGGAUAUUUAGUGUGAUCCUGUGUGUUUGCAUCACAGUUGAUAUAAAAAUGUGUAUUGAGAAAUCAGUUCAGGUGAGCAGUAACUAAACAUUACUGAUAAUAAAUAACAAAGAUUAGCCUCCUUUUUUCUGAUACACUAUAGAUGGUAAUCAAAAUUAUUAAUGAUUUUAUUGCUGUUAACAUUAGCUAUAACAGGUGGUUUUACAUAAUUGUACUUUUUGGGGGAGAGAAACUGAGGAUUGAACUCGGGAACACUCAACCACUGAGCCACAUCCCCAGCCCUUUUUAUUUUUUGAGAUAGUCUUGCUAAAUUGCUGAGGCUGGCUUUAGAUUUGUGAUCCUCCUGCCUCAGAUUCCCAAGCCACUUGGAUUAUAAGUGUGUGCCACCAUGCCUGGCCAUUUUGUCUCUUAAUGGAUGAAAAAUGGUAUAUGUUAAAGAUGGAGAGAUUAGGGGCUGGGGUUGUAGCUCAGUGGUAGAGUGCUCGCCUAGCAUGCACGAGGCACUGAGUUUGAUUCUCAGUACCACGUAAAUACAAAAUAAACAUAAUUGUGUCUACCUAAAACUUUAAAAAUUUACAAAAAAGAAAAGAUUUAUCAAAAAAAAAAACAGAUGGAGAAAUGAUGCAGUUUGCAAAUAUAGGCAAUACAUAUUCUCAAAUGUGCAUAGUUCUUUUCCAUUUGCAGGCAAGUUAUCUGUUGAGAUUUUUUAAUAAGAUUUUAAAACACUGUCAAUUAUAGGAAAGUAAUUGACAGCAUUGACUGGAUCCAUCACCUCUCUGCUCACCAGCACUGGGAUCUCCCACACAUCAUUGAAUUUCUCUGUACUUCUCGAUCCUCAUUUGUAAAACCAGGAAACCUACUUUCAAAGAUUAUUGAGAUGAUUGUUAAGUUAACAUACAUAAAGCAGAUAGUUAUGAAAUUUAGUUGCCCUGAAUCUAGAAGAGCACAGUGACAAAGGGAACAAAUGAAAUUUUUAGCACACAAAAUUUUUUCCUCUGCUGUCUCCAUGCAGUGGGAGAAGCAGCAGAUGAGGGAGGAGGGGAACUCCUAGAACAAAAGCACUGGGGAGAUAGGUCCACAGCUGCCCAGUGUCAUUGCUGAUUUUGAAACUGAUCACCAGAGAGUUACUUGGUGGUUAAAUAGACCUUUCCUAUCUUUGCUUUCAUUCUGGAAUGAUUGUCUAUAUAGAUAUAGAAUGCUUGGGUCACAAUGCAUUUCCAUCAAAACAGCCAUUUUUCAUUGUCCUCAAACAUUUACUCUCUGAAUCCAGUUUGAAUUUUAUUCUUUCAAAUAACUUUCCUCUCUGGAUUACAGGAGUUUCCCUCAAGUCAUUUUUCUUGUUUGUUCACCCUACUGUUCGUUUUCUAAUUGGAUCUCAAUCCCUUUCUCCUUUCCUUUAUUCCUCUGCAUUGUUUAUUAUUUCUUUUAUAUUUUAAAGUUUGACCAGUGUAUCUCUUGUUAAUUUUUCCUAGAAUAUGUGAGUCUUCUUGGUUUCCUCAAGUUCUGGAAGUCUGUUUUGCUUUGCUUGGAGGAUUCUUUUAAGUUUUUAGAUGAACAGGUUUUCUAUUAUAACUUUAAUACUUCUAUUCUUUGGGGGUUUGUUUGUUGUUUUCAGCCCUGAAUUGAGCCUAGGGCUGCCUAUCGCUGUGCUACAUCGCCAGCCCUUUUUUGGUUUUCUGUUUUUGAGACAGUGCGGGGAACUUAGUAAGACCCUAUGUUCAAAUAUGUGAUCCCUCCUGCCUCAGCCUCCUGAGUUGUUGAGAUUACAGGCAUCUUUUUGUUUUUCUUAGAAACAUAUAAACACAGUUCUUUAUUUCUCCAUGAUUAACACCUUAUCUCAUUUUCUUUUUAAAGUUUUUGAUUGGCUCAUAAUUGUACAUAUUCGUAAGGUGCAGUGUAAUAAUUCAAUACAUGUAAACUAUAAUUUUCAAAUCAGAAUAAGUAGCAUUUCCAUCUCCUUAAACAUUUACCAUUCUGUUGGGAACCUUCAAGCUUCUCUCUUUUAGUUCCUUAUAAAAUAUUUGAUAAAUCAUUGUAAACUGUGGUCUUCCACUUCUCCGCAAUGGAAGGCUAAAACUCGCUCCUCCCAUCUAACUUUACAUUGGUCCCCCUUAUCCAUUUCAUUGCUUUUUUAAAUUUUCUAUUCCAGGAAUGCUUUCAAAUUGGUCACUAAACUUGAUUCACUUUUUUAGUAAAAAUUGGUUCCUGCUGUUUUCACCGUGAUUUUAUUUUGGUCUUGAUCAUUUGUUCCAUUGCACUCACUUUAAACUCUUUCUAGCCACAGCCAUUUUUAGUUUUUGUUCAAUUCAGGUCCACUUGAAUCUUUUUUUUUUAAUUUCUGUAUCCCUUUUUUUAAUAUUUUUCUUUAGUUGUCCAUCUUUUAUUUAUUUAUAUGAGGAUCAAACCAAGUGCCUCACACAUGCCAGUCAAGUGCUCUACCACUGAGCCACUACUCCAGCCCUAUUUCUGUAUCUUAUUUAUUUUGGUAACAAGGAUUGAAUUGAGGGGCAGUAAAUCACUGAGCUACAUCCCCAGCCCUCUUUUAUAUUUUAUUUAGAGAUAGCGUCUCAUUGAAUUGCUAAGCACUUCACCAUUGCUGAGGCUGGCUCUAAAUUCAUGAUCCUCCUGCCUAAGCCUCCCAAGCCUCUGAGAUUACAGGCCUGCACCACCACUCCCAGCAGUAUCUUUUUCUAUGAGUAACGCAUUCAUUUACGGGGAUUGGGAAAGGGAAGCAAAAGAAGAAAACGGCAUUCAUAAUCUGGCCAAUCAGGAAUAACCAUUUAGACUUUUGGUGACAAUCUUUGAUCCUUUUUCUAAAAAUAUAAAAACCAUCCUGCUUAUCCAUCCCAAUAAGAUCACAGCACUUUGACACUUUUUCACUUAAUUUUUCAUAAUCUUUUGUUUAAAAUAUGGAGCAGGAUUUCUAUCUCAAAGGAAAGUUUUUCUGCCUAUUGAAUACAUUAGAAUUUUAUAGGGAGCUUUUGAAUAUUGAUACCAGCCCUCGGCUCCAUUAUUCAAAUUAAAUUCUCCUGGGAUGGGACCCAUCCAAAAGAAUUAAUAUUUUUAAAAGGUUUCCCUGGUGCUUCUAAUGUGAAGUCAUCUGAGAACCCCUUGCCUAGGAUGUGCAAUAGAGACUUUGGGUAGGAGAUUUUGUUGAGGGGUUCUGUUUGGUUUUCAGAAGGCUAAUCUACCACCCACAUCAGUUUCAUUUUACUGCCAAGGAAGUGCUGAGCCUACCCAGCAGGAACCAAUUUUUGUUAAAAUUCAUUAAUUAAAUAACUAAAUCCCUAAGUAGUUACAGGAUUUUAUUUAUUGGUGGUAAUUACCUGGCAGCACUCUUAAUUGAUGAGUUUUUUUAAUUAUUUAAUUCAUUGUAAGGUACUUAUUUACUAAUUACCAUGCAUAAUUUUGUUUUCGGGGUUUUUUUGAUUGUUUUUUUAAGUUUACAAUGCAUAAUUUCUUUAGUGAAACUAUUAAACUGUGUAACAUAUAGUUUCUCAAGAUUAGUCUUUCCCAGAGAGGUGUCUAAUAUUGAAUAUUAAUUUGUUUUUUAUAGCUAACAUAGUCAUUCCUGUGUCUCCCAAAACCCUCAGUAACACCUGCACUGCACAAGGUUUUUGGGUAUGUAGAGAAGUUAGUUUUACACUCUGAAAAGCAGGGAGAGUAGAAGUAGGACCAGGAGAGAUGUACAGACAAAACUAACUUAGUGACAUGAAGAAUUCAUAGAAAUGUUAAAGGAUUUGAACUUCCAUAGGACGAGUGGAGGAAAUAGUCUUAUCAGAUACAUUAAAUCAUACAGUAUUUAUAUAAAUGAUAAUCAACAUAUCCUGGAAAUUUUAGAGAAGUAACAAUUUCUUAAAAUAAAUGUUCUAUGAGUGUUUAAACCUUCAACUAUGGCUAUCCUGGGAAGUUGCUACAAAAGCUACCAUGAAAUUUUUUUCAGUGUACCUGGGCACAGUGGCAUGUGCCUGUAAUCCCAGGAACUCAGGAGACUGAGGCAGGAAGAUCACAAGUUCAAGGCCAGCCUCAGCAAUUUAGCAAAGCCUAAGCAGCAUAAUAAGACACUGUCUCAAAUUUACCAAAAUGACUGGGAACACAGCUCAGUGAUAAAGUACCCUGGGUUCAAUCCCUAGUACCAAAAAAAGAAAAAAAAGAAAUGAAAAAAUUCCAGUGUGAAAUUGUAAUGGCUGCUGCUUCUGUUUAUUGGUGCUGCUUAAACUUUAAUGAGCACACAGAUCUUGGGAAAUUGUUUUAAAUUCAGAUUCUGGUGGAGUAGUUCUGGGCUGGGGUCUAAAUUUUACAUGUCUAAAAAGCUUCCAGAUAAUGUCAGAGCUACUGUUUGGUAGGUCACAUUUCAAGUAGUUAAGUUCUUUCACAAAAAUUGACCCAGAGUAGAAUGGGGAUCUCAGUUCUUAGCCAGAGUAAAGGCACAUCCCGCCUAAACUAUUUAUAUACCCUAUAAUACACAUUUAAGUGUGUUGAGUUAGCUGUGGCUUUUAAUUUCAUAUCAUUAAUUUCCCUUCAAAUUUCUCAUUUCUUUUGUCUUUAUAUAAUAUCCAAACACAAAGAAACAUUGAAGUAUAUAUCAUCAUCUGUAUCACUCAAUGUUGGUAUUCCUAUUUGAUUCUGAUAUUUUUAAAGAAAUAAACAGUAAAAAUAAAAAGUUGGAUUUCUUUUGUGCUAUUCCCUAAUUUUCAUUUCCUUGACUUUUCCAAGGGAAGUCAUGAAAUGGAUAUGUAAUCUUCCAUGUUUGAUAGGUGUUCUGAGAUAACACAUUAUGUGUUUUUAGAACAUAAAUGAUGUACAAAUGUAUCACCUGUUAACUAUCAUUCUAUAAUUCUUUUACAGUUCUUGGGAUCUAACCAUGUUGAUCCUUAUGAUUCCUGUUUGUUCAUUGUAGCUGUUAUUUACUGUGGAAUCAUAUGAAUAUAAAUCCUUACCUGUG